AUGCGGAUAGCGCCUUGCCACAUUGCCAGGGUUCGCGCAGCUCAGCUUUGGACUUGGUUGCUGGCCGUGCGGCGCGCUGCUGGCAAUAGGUGCCUGAAAGCGAUGCCAUACGAUGCCCAACAGUUGCUGCUCCAGUUCCUUGCUGGCGACACCUUACCGAAGCCAUCCUGCGCAGCCCGCCUCCGUCGCGUGGCUGAGACGGCCCGGCAGGCUGCUGAAGCGAAGAUUCGCCUGGCUUUGGAUGAACUGUUGGACGACAUCAUUAUGCCACAGGCCGAAUCCGCCGCUGCCAACUGCAAGGUUGUCUGCCAGGCGGUCUUGGAUGGAGAGGCCAAAGAGGGGGCUUUGCGAAGGCUCUACAGCGCAAUGACCAAGCUGAACCGAGACCCCGCCAAGGCUCUCAAGGAUGCCUUGGAAGAACGAGGCUUCAGCAGCUGUGUUGUUUCGGAUGUCAAGCUGUGGCCCUCGCGCGUCUGCGUAAUCAUCCACUGGUGA